CCGUCAUUCCUCACACUAACACCGGCGGAAGUUUAUGACGCCAUUUUCGGCAAAAGUGGAAAGUCAUUGUGCUAGAAUUCGAAUUAACUCUGUCCUGACAAUGCCACCCACAGAUCCAACAAAGAUUUCUAAAGUUGUAGUUCACCCACUCGUACUGCUUAGUGUCGUGGAUCAUUUCAAUCGCAUGGGAAAGGUUGGAAAUGUGAAAAGAACGGUCGGAAUUCUUCUAGGAGCGAACAGACAAGGCGUGCUUGAUGUUUCAAACAGUUAUGCUGUGCCAUUUGAUGAAGAUGCACAUGACAAAUCUGUAUGGUUUUUGGACCAUGACUACCUGGAAUGCAUGUAUGGCAUGUUUAAGAAAGUCAAUGCUAGAGAGAAGAUUGUCGGCUGGUACCAUACUGGACCAAAACUGUGUCAGAAUGAUGCCACCAUCAAUGAACUGAUGAGAAGAUAUUGUCCAAACUCUGUACUUGUAGUGAUCGACGCAAAGCCAAAGGAUCUUGGAUUACCAACAGAGGCUUACAUAAUGGUGGAGGAGGUCCAUGAUGAUGGUACUCCAACAUCCAAGACAUUUGAUCAUGUACCUAGUGAGAUAGGAGCCGAGGAGGCGGAGGAGGUUGGUGUAGAGCAUUUGCUCAGGGAUAUAAAGGAUACGAUAGGUACCUUCUCGGAAUUAAAAACAGUUGAUGGACGAAGGGGUUUUCAUGAACACCCCAGGAUAUAACAUUCCCUGCAAAAGUCUCGCCCGACGUUACCCAAAACCACGUUUGUCUACCACUCGGACGUGUUCAACUUACUCCCUAAUUUUUAAUCUCCACAUUUUGUGAAAGCAAUGUACGUUAAAACAAACGAUCAAAUGUUAGUCGUAUAUCUUGCAUCUUUAAUCAGAUCAAUUAUAGCUUUACAUAACCUAAUAAACAAUAAAAUUCAAAAUCGUGAUGCAGAGAAAAACGAGGGGAAAGACAUGUCAAAGGAGAGUAAAGAGAAGAAAGAGAAAAAAGAUGAGAAAGAUCAGGGAAAGGAAUCUGGUAAAGAUGCUGAAAAGAAAGAAAAAGAAAAGACCAAGGACACAAAGAAAAAAUGAACACAGUUAUCAGAUUUAAUGAUUAUACAAUUCAGUACUGGGGCACAUAAAGUUAGUUUAGGUUAUUUAUCAAAGUUUUUUCUGAAAAA